UGACGCAAAACAUUUUUUCUAAUGCUUCCUACAAUUAAAAAUAACUGGUAAAAGUUAUGCAAUUUCAAGGCUAAAAAAAUUGGCAUCAGUUCACAUAUUGAUUGCUGCAAUAUGGAAGACGAUUUUUUAGUCAAAGUUUUAAAUCUGUACAAAAACCAAAAAUGGAAAGAAAUUAUCGAGUUGAACAAAGUUGAAAAUGCAGUGGCGGCGCGAAAAUUAUUGUGGGUUUGGCCCAGUGAAAGUAAUUUGCAAAUGAUGCAAAAUACGAUUCGCGAAUUUAAUUUGGACGGUGCUAUCUCAAUUGGAUGCGGUUGCGGCCUGUUUGAAUGGCUUUUGGAGCAAUAUUCUGGGUUGCCGAUAAUUGGAUAUGAAGUUAAUCAAGAGUGGUGGUCAAGUCGGUACAGCAACCCCCAAUUCAUUAAACUCAAUUUUCCUGAUCAACCCCCGACCCCCGAGAUUCUUAUCCCUAGUUACGCCCUUUUAUUUUGUUAUUUUAAUGACGGGAAAGCUUUUAGGGAAUAUAUCAGUUGUUACAAGGGCAAUGUUGUGUUUAUUAUAGGGCCAGGACAUGGGGCCGGUCGUCACACUGACCCUCAACCCUUUAGCCCGAAUUUCGGAUCAAAUGACUGGAUUUUGUACAAAUCGCAAGAAGUUAGAGAUACUAGAGACUUUAUCGCAGUUUAUAUUAGGGAAAAAAUUGAUUCUAUUAUUUCUUAGAUAAAUAAAAUUUAUUUUAACUU